UAAGCGAUAUUACAAGGUUGAUAUUUUUUAAUUUAUAUGCUUUGUCGUUGAGCAGGCAACCCCAGUAUAAACCGUUAAGCCGAGUCCGCCUUUAAGCGGAAGUAAUAUUCCUCACCAGCCCGGUUUAUCCGGCCUGACAAUGCCGUCACCGACAGUUCAUUUGCUUGUCGUUGUGAUUGUUUAAUCUCCGUUCACUCGUGACUCGACUGUGAUUACAGCGGGAUAUGCUUAAACGACGGACAGGUUAUCACGGGGCAGUGUAAAACCAAGCACUUGCAGCUAGCGGAGAUGUACACGACAUGUACUGUCAACGAGGGUGUCCCGAGCCAGCUUGACCUCAGCGGGAUGUGACCGGAAGGGGGUCAUUAAACUGAAGCGAGAUUCACAAACUCGGGACUCGCACCUCACAAGUUGUCAUUAGUUUCGCCGCCUCACAGCGUAGAAGCGCUAGCUGUCGCCGUUAUCGGAGCGUCAACCCUGACUUGACAAAUUACUGCCGGGCUGGAGAAUGAGGCGACGAGGCCUCAUAUGACUUUCAUUUUUUUUCAACAUACCGUAUCUCGACAGCAGUGAGCAUUCAUAUCACACAAUGAUCCGUAAAACGUCGUUGUGGCAGAGUUUUCUCCCUUUGUUUAACCAUCGUCCUCAAGUUUCCAAACUUCUGUUCAUUUACAGCCUUGUGCUCCUUGCGUUCAGCACUGUCGCAUUUAAUUUUUUUCACUUUGGCCGGACUACCAAAACCCCGCUUCAAAUAAGCCCAAGAACAGAACCAAGUCAUGACAUAACCGAAAAACAGAAGGCGUUGGAAGCGCCAAAAAAUCCCAAAGACGAUCCCAAGGCGCUAUUUGCUAUUCCACCUGUGCCCCAAAGAUCUUCCAAUGACCAUGUGAUUCCAGUACGACAGUCAGUUAUACAGGCAUUCUUGAAUUAUGAGCCCCGGGAAUAUAAAGAAAAAGUGUUGAUACUGACGCCGAUUCACAACGUAGCACGACUCCUACCUCGGUUUGGUCGUUUACUGAGGGACUUGAGUUAUCCACAUGAACUGAUAUCAGUUGUGUUCGGAGAGGACUGCAGUGGAGAUGGAACACUGAGCAUCGCUAAAGAUGUAGCAUCCAAUCUCAAGAAAACGUUUAAAAGGGUAGAAGUGCAUCACUUCAACAUCACGGGUCAAGUUAGGGGAAUUUGGACGGAUGUCCACAAUAUACACGCGCAGCGAAAACGGCGCGGCCACAUUGCGCAGGCCCGGAACUUGCUUCUGAAGGCUGGACUAAAGGACGAGGCGUGGGUUCUGUGGAUUGAUAGUGACGUCACGCAGCUUCCGCCGGACAUAAUCCAGCAGCUACUGUCUUCGGAUAAGGACAUCGUAGUUCCGUCGUGUUUGUUCCAGUCGGAUAUGGGACAGUUACGGAUAUUUGAUAAAAAUACGUGGCGGGAAACACCGGAAUCUAUCGCCAAGCAAAAACAUAUGAAAGAUGGGGAACUCAUGUUGGAAGGCUAUGGCCUAUCCAAUAGAAUAUUCCUACCCCAUCUCCGAGCGGAAGGCAGGGUGGUGCCAAUUGAUGGCGUUGGAGGGUGCACGCUUCUUAUAAAGGCAGACUGCCAUAGAAAGGGUUUAAUCUUUCCAGAAACCGUUGUAGAUCAUCAUAUUGAAACAGAAGGUUUGGCGAAACUUGCCAAGCAGAUGGGGUUUGGUGUCUAUGGCAUGCCCUUUGUGAACGUCAUUCACUAAAUUUGAUGUUUUCAGACAAAGCAGAGUUGCUUUCCCUGGACGUGCCAGGAACUUGUGAUCGUGGUUCGAAUUCCCGCCCUGAUUCUGUUGGUCGGUUUGUCAGCACCUUAGCCUGCUCGUGGGUUUCACGAAAGUGAUAAACGUCUAAGACAAUCCUCAUUUCGGGAGUUCUUCUCCCGUUAUGAUAGGCCGUGAUGUAACUGAAAUGUUGUUCAAGUGGCGUUGAACCCCACUCACUCACUCAUUGGAUUUGAGGGCGAUGGACGAGCCCGUCAUGUCGAAGACCCGGUUCGAUUUCCCUCAUCGGUCUCGUCGUUACACCUGCAUCACUUCGGGCUUUCCUCCCACAUUAAGCUGACACGCUGCGAUAUAACUGGAAUACUGUUAAAAGCGGCGUAAAACCCAACUCACUCACUCACUCACUCGUCGUUACCUGGCUGAAAUAUUGCCGAUGCGUCGUUAAAUAUUUAACUCACUUCCUCAUAGGUACCCAUUUCGCCGUUAUAUGGCUGGAGUAUUGCUAAAAGCGGCGUAAAACCAUACCCACACACUCAAUAAAACCCUCAAACCAGCGAACCCACAGUCCCUCCAUACAGUAUUAUACGCCAGCUUCCGGGUAUCCUGUAAUGAACAAUACCCCUGACAACACAGUCUCGUUGUCUCGCAACUGUUAUACACUCAUAAAAAAAGGUGGUGAUGUAAAAUGUGGUUUAAAGUCGCGUACGUGCGUGCGUGUGUGCGUGCGUGCGUGCGUGCGUGCGUGCGUGCGUGUUGGGCUGCUUGUACUAUGCCGAUUGAUAGUUGUAGCACACUGAGAUACCAUGCCGCAUGAAUACCCCACUCA